AGCAGAGUAAACACAACAGGGUUUAGGUCCUCGGGAUCCAGUCAAGGAAUUUGCCGUACUUGUAUAAGGUAGAUUCACGGUCCUUCCCGAUAACCAUUUAAACAGGUGGCACACCGUUGUAAAUUAUAAAUGUGCUUACUGAGAUAAGAGAGCAAUCCACCAAAGCUGAUUAGCGCCACUUAUGCUACAAUAUUACUAUGAGGCUAGGCAAGGCGAGAGACCCAAGGAGAGUGUAGAAGAUGGAGAAUCAUGGGGAAAUUGAAGAGGUGACAGCUCAUCCUCAGAACUUCUACACCAUCUUGCUGCUGGUUCUGGUGUUCUUUGUGAUGGGGCUAAUGGGCGACCUACUUUGUCACAUCUUGAAGGAGAAGGGCUAUCGCUGCCGGACAUCACAGGAGAUGGACACAGAACAACAGGAUACUGCUUCACCAGAUGAUGUUCAGGAGAUUAGCAAAUCGAACCAGGAUACUGUUGGACAGAUUGUGCAAUGCAUCAUUGAAAAUGAAGCUAACGUGGAGGCUCUCAACGAACUGCUAAGGGAACAUGAACAGGUGAAACCUCCAGUACCCAGUCCAAUAUUCCCUGAACCAGUUGUGACAAAAACUCCUUCCCUGAUCCCUCACCAUCACACUGUACAUUCUGUGGCAGCAGGAAGUGCUGGAUCAGCCUGUCUGAGCUGCAAUCAGAGAAGGAAGAGAUCUGCAAUGCAGAUGCACAGACGAGCCAAAGAGACCAAGAGCAGGAAUCACGGAGUGGAGGUCACUGUCCUGUCCGUGGGCAGGUUUCGAGUUACCCGUGUUGAGAAGGGUCAAUGGGCACAGGAAUUAAGCAGGUUACCUGUGAUUGAAGCGUGUUCUGGAGGUCAUUCAGUCACAACUCAGACAGAACCAGAUUGUGAGAAACACAUGACCCAUGAAAGCACAGCAAAUGAGGGGACAAAAAAGGAGUCUGAUCCUGCUCAGCUGUGACUCUGGAACUAGCUUCUCACAGGGCUCUGUCUUCCCUACUGGACAAGGCCCAGACAGGCCAGGAGAUGAUAAUACCAAAGGCCUAGAUUGAUCUCAGCACUAGUCCCCAACUCUGACCCCAGGAGGAGCCUCAUGAUCAAGGCUACAUUGUCCCUCUGGUCCAUCUCGCACUCUGCACUUGGGAGGUGCAAUCACCACUUCUCUGAGUGCAGCUGGGAAUCUAGCACCAGAUAAAGAGCCAGUGAGGCAGAAAGAUGGUCAGCUAGCUGGGGCGCCAUCGGCUGAUCCAAUUGUAAACUCAAAUCCAUAUUGCCCUCAAGAACUUGGAUACAAUAAGGACUGCAGAUGCUGGAAGCCAGAGUCUAUAAGGUGUGAGGCUGGAAAAGCCUCCUUUGUUUACAUUUCAGCCUGACUGAGAUCUCUGAGACUGUGCUGAGCAUGGGUGUGGAGGGUGUGGAUGGGAAGGGGAAAUGUGGCGUCUCAUCCCAACCUGAACAGAUUGCUUGUCAACUUGCCCACUCACCUCAAUGCAAUACUGUAGUUCAAUUCUCAUCAGUUCCAAAAGAGGCCUUAAGAGAAAUGAGUGUGUGCAGCCCAGACAUGCACAGACCUCUUGCACACUCUGCUGGCAUUAGCCAGCAGUGCAGUCCUUUCUCACAGCUGGUUCACAGAUACCUUCUGGGAAGAAAAUUAAUGUUCAGUGACAUUGAAUCGCUCAUUACACUUUUCUGCUGGAAAUUAAUUAGACCAAUCCCAGACAAUGUGGAACCCCGAGGCCUGAUGCAUUAGAACAGUGUAGGAAGCAGUGAGGAAGAAAUGCCACCUUAAAAACACUUGCAUUUCUGCAUUCUUUCAUGACAUCAAAAGCAUUUAGAGACAAUGAAGUACCUUUGGAACAUACUGAUUGUGGGAAACACAGUAUGCAGCGAACUCCCACAAAUGGCAAUGUGUGGUACUUUCCAAAUAAUCUGUUUUACUUUAAACUAAAAUAAAGAACUGCAGAUGGUGGCGAUAUGAAACAAA